AUGGACUCCGAAGAUGACACAAAGGAUGAUGUGGAUUCUGGGAAUGAGUCUAGCGGAGACGAUGUCGACUUUGCAAUGGACGUUGAGACACACAGUACACGGGAACGACAAACGGAGCUUGAGGAAUAUCGAUAUGAGGUGUUAUCCACGGAGGAAAUCGUUCAGCAUAUGGUUGACUGCAUCAAAGAAGUGAACACUGUUGUCGAGAUACCAGCAACAACAACCCGCAUACUCUUAAACCAUUUUAAAUGGGACAAAGAAAAGCUCAUGGAAAGAUUCUAUGAUGGGGACCAGGACCAGUUGUUCUCUGAAGCUAGAGUCAUUAAUCCAUUCAGAAAACCAGUCAUACAAAGGCCGAAGUUACCCAGACGGAUAUCAACAUCAGGGACAGAGGAAUGCGAAAUAUGUUUUUCAGUUCUUCCAACAUCUCUGAUGACAGGUCUGGAGUGUGGCCACAGAUUUUGCACACAAUGUUGGUGUGAAUAUUUAACUACUAAAAUAAUGGAGGAGGGCCUAGGUCAGACAAUAGCGUGCGCGGCACACGCGUGCGACAUUCUCGUGGACGACGCGACCGUCAUGCGACUGGUGCGGGAUCCGCGCGUCAAGCUCAAGUACCAACACAUUAUCACCAAUAGCUUUGUUGAGUGUAACCGGCUGCUUCGCUGGUGUCCGUCCCCGGACUGCAGUAAUGCGAUCAAGGUGGCGUACGUAGAAGCCGCGCCUGUCACGUGUCGCUGCGGACACACCUUCUGCUUCGCCUGUGGAGAGAACUGGCAUGAUCCUGUACGCUGCUGUCUGCUCAAGAAGUGGAUUAAGAAAUGCGACGACGAUUCAGAAACGUCGAAUUGGAUCGCAGCAAACACAAAGGAGUGUCCGAAGUGCAACGUGACGAUCGAGAAGGACGGCGGCUGCAACCACAUGGUCUGCAAGAACCAGAACUGUAAGGCAGACUUCUGCUGGGUCUGUCUCGGACCCUGGGAGCCACACGGCAGUAGCUGGUAUAAUUGUAACAGGUACGACGAGGACGAGGCGAAGGCGGCCCGCGAUGCCCAAGAGAGGUCGCGUGCAGCGCUGCAGCGCUACCUGUUCUACUGCAACCGUUACAUGAACCACAUGCAGUCACUGCGCUUCGAGUCCAAGCUCUACGCCUCCGUCAAGGAGAAGAUGGAGGAGAUGCAACAGCAUAACAUGAGCUGGAUCGAGGUCCAAUUCUUGAAGAAGGCAGUAGACAUCCUGUGCCAGUGCCGACAGACCUUGAUGUACACAUACGUGUUCGCGUACUACCUGCGCAAGAACAACCAGUCCGUCAUCUUCGAGGACAACCAGCGCGACCUGGAGUCUGCCACAGAGACUCUCUCCGAGUACCUCGAGCGUGACAUCACCAGCGAGAACCUGGCUGACAUCAAACAGAAGGUCCAGGAUAAAUAUAGAUACUGCGACAGUCGGCGCAAGGUGUUGCUGGAGCACGUGCACGAGGGCUACGAGAAGGACUGCUGGGACUACACAGAGUAA